CAUUUAACAGCUGUUUUAUGUUUAUUGUAUAAAUAUUGUACCCAGUUUGUGUUUUUGUUAAAAAAAUAUUAUAACAAUAAUUAUUAAUUAAUUAAUACAGAAAUUUUAAAGUUUCUGUGUGUAAUAAUUAACGUUUCUGUUUAUUGUAAGAAUGGAGGUUAUAAUUUCAAAGUAUUAACCGUCCAAGUUUUCGGCGUUAUACUAUACAAGUUAGGAUAAAAUGGCAAUGUUUCAGAAUCUAUCAGCAACUCAGAAGUUACAAGCGGCCGUACAUAAAGACGUAAGAGGUAUUUGUACUGAAGCCUGCCACUUUCUAGGCUUGGAAAUCACAAAACCAGCAAUCGAAGUGAUCGCGGAGCUAGUUUUUAAGAAAUGCCGUGUAUAUGGAUCAGAUUUAGAGGCAUUCGCUAAACACGCAAAACGUUCAACAAUUAACGCCGAUGACGUCAAGUUGUUAGUUCGAAGAAAUCCAUCUCUGAAAUCACGCCUCCUCUCGCUAAGUUCCAACUGUGGAAAGGAUAAACGAAGAAAAACAGUGCCAGUAGUGAAACAAGAUGUAUCUAAGGGUGCGUCCACAUCCGGCGAAUGCGCCGCGAAUGUGCAGCUCGAGUCGAAGGAGUCGGACGUAGAAGAUAUGGUUGUCGAUCAAAUCGACCUCACUUUUGAUUAAACGCUUUACCUAAAA